AUGGCGAGUUCCGCGGUCGAGCCCAAGAUACUGACGCUGCUGAUGGUGGUCCAGGAUGGUAAAGUCCUCCUCGGAUACAAGAAGCGGGGCUUCGGUGAGGGGAUGUGGAACGGGUUCGGGGGCAAGGUGGAGCCGGGUGAGACACCUACUGAAGGCGCGCUGCGGGAACUCAGAGAGGAGGCCUGCAUCGAUGCCACGGAUGCAACGGAACGUGGCGUGGUGACCUUUGUGUACGAUGACAAGCCUCGUCCAAUGCAGGUGCACAUAUUCCACGCAUCGCAGUUCACGGGCGUGCCGACGGAGACGGAUGAGAUGCGUCCUGCGUGGUUUGACCUCGAAGCGGUGCCCUUUGACAAGAUGUGGCCGGACGACGAGCUAUGGUAUCCGAUGUUCCUGGCUGGUAAGAAGUUUUCGGGGACGUUCUGGUUCACCAACACCACGACGAUCGUCCGGCACGAGCUCCGGGAGGUUGAGUCGCUAGAGUGA